CAGCCUAGGACUUGCUGCCACAUCAACCUGCUUUUGACACACAUCCAGUGUUAACAAGCAAACUCACAAAGACCGACAUCAUGGUUCACUUCACAGCUGAGGAGAAGACCGCCAUCACCACCACUUGGGCCAAGGUCAAUGUGGAGGAGACUGGUGGGGAAGCUUUAGGCAGACUGUUGGUUGUCUACCCCUGGACCCAGAGGUUCUUUGAUUCCUUUGGCAACCUCUCUUCUGCCUCUGCUAUCCUGGGAAACCCCAAGGUUAAGGCCCAUGGCAAGAAGGUGCUGACCUCUUUUGGGGAUGCCGUCAAGAACCUGGACAACCUCAAGGCUACCUUCUCCAAGCUGAGCGAGCUGCACUGUGACAAACUGCAUGUGGACCCUGAGAACUUCAGGCUCCUUGGGAAUGUUCUGAUUAUUGUUCUGGCUGGUCAUUUCACCAAGGAAUUCACUCCUGAAGUGCAGGCUGCUUGGCAGAAGCUGGUGACUGGUGUGGCCAAUGCUUUGGCUCACAAGUACCACUAAAUGUAGAUCUAUCUGUGGUGGGGGGUCUAUGGGCAAAUGGAAGCCCAAUCUUUGCAAGGGAAAGGGAUCAAUGGUAUUCAUACUGCCUUGUAGUCCUAGCCCUAAAUAAAGUGCUUUUGGC